AUAUAUACAAGGAAGGUUGAUGAUGAUAAGGGCUGGGCUGGGGAGGCCAGAAACCAAGAGAAACAAAACAAGAGAGGGGACGCUGCAUGCAUGCAUAAACAGCCCCCCUCUUCUUUAGAUCUUUAACUUCGACAUCACUUUUUUUAUGUGUUUGAUCAAAACUAUUCAACUUUUUCUUCUGUAUUCAAAAUCCUUUGAUUGAUAAAUUUCUUUUGUAUACGAUGAAUACCAUCCGAACUCGAACACAAUCGUUUAAAGACUUGCGUGGUUCUUCACCAUCCUCCGAACAGCAAUACGACGAUUCUGCUUUAGAGGGGGUUGCGGCAAAUGUGAAGUUAUUGCUGAAACUAAUCGAAGAUCAUAAAGAUGCCUGCAAAAAGGGCCAAAAGGAUAGCCGUCGGAUGCUGAGGGUUGCGGGGAUGAUGACAGUUCUUGACAAUGUAAGAGACAGAAUCAAGAGAUGUCAAUCAUUCGGCAACAAAAGUUCGCAGGCUGAGUUAAAGCGAUGCAACUCCGAUCUCAAGGCUAAUUACCCCCCACUAGACAAAAGGAUCCCUGCCGAUGACGACAAAGAAAAGCUGAGGAAAGAUUUGAAUGCAAGUUUGGCAGCACGAAAGAGCCUCGAAAUUAUGUGUUCAAGCAUUGGAAAAGAAAAGGAUAUAAUUGCUGCAGAGUUGGCAAGGAAAAACUAUGAGUUGAGUGAAUUGGAGGAACAUGCGAACGAUCUCAGAGAGCAAAACAGAACAUUGUUGGUUAAAGUACGAGAAUUGGCUGCAGAGAAUGAAUCGAAAAAGUUUGGUAAUGAAAACAGUAGAGCGCAAGGCAAUGCUGCAGAUCUCCAAGUACGCAACAAGGCCCUUUCUGAGCAGCUUUUGAGAUCGCUUGAUGGUUAUCGUUCGAUGAAAAGGAGGCUAAGAGAAACGCAAGAGGAAGCUAUAGUGAUGCGGGAAACAAUGGAGGAAAUGUGGGAAAAAGUUGGAGCCGGACUCGAACAUGUUCGAGCAAUGAAACAGCAGCUCGAAACUAAAAGUGAUAAUGAAAAACUAGUUGUGUUCGAAGAGGGGACUGAAGAAGUAGAGCAUGUUUUCGAGUGUCUGGAAAUGCUGGUGUCCAAACAUGGUCAGAGGAAACAUUAGCUUCGGAUCAAACAUAUAUACACAUGGUACUGGUCCAGAUGACAUUUCUGGACCAAAUGAGUCAAAAUUAAAGAAUAAAGAGAAAGGAGAAUUCAUCAGUUGUGCUUGUGCGAAUGACCUCGUGAAGCUUUGGAGCUCAUGCAGUGUCCCAACAGGGCUAGCAACAUUGCAGUCUCGGUGAUUGUCUGGCUUCCCCUUCAUCCUGGUGAAUUUUGAUCAACUUAGACGGGAAAAGCAUGGCUAAAAACAAAAAACGAUUUGAACGUGUCACGGAGACUAACUAAUUAUGUAAAUCUAGUCACACUGAAACUGUUCAUUCAAAAACCAUAAUAGACACUGCUGCUUCUCUGUUAAAAUUAUUGCAUGUAUCAUGAGAAUACUAUAGUAGCGAGAAAGAAUUGGAUGGUAUGCGAUCAAAAGCUACUAUUUUUCAACAUAAGUACUGCAAUAAAAAGAUGCACCAAAAGCCUAAGUAUCAAAUUCU